AUGCCAUUUCGCCACACGACCGACGGGUUUGUCCCGCGCCGGAAUGGUCGAAAGCGGCACGCGAAGAUUCAACUCACCUUCUCCUCGAUCUUCACCAUCGCCAUGUCUGCGUCCCGCCCCGCCGAGCUCCUCGCCUCCGACCGGGCCCGCCUAUUUCCGCGCUUCGAGACCUACCGCCUCCGCCCCCUGGACCCAGACACAGAUGUGCGCGCGUACACCCUCCCGCGCCCCGCGACGGCGAGCCGGGUGUCAUACAACUCGCAGCAGCUGGGAUUCCGGGAGGUACGCGCGCGUAUCGCGUGGGAUCAUCUCGAUGCUUUGGGGAGUACCGGCGUGUACGUCGAUACCGAGUGGAACGUUGUCGGGUUUGAGCUGAAUAACGAGCUUGAGCCGACUUUCACGACCCUCGCGAGCCUACCGGCGCCGGUCGCGAGCGACGCGCAUGUCGCUGAGUAUCCCCGCGUCCUGCCUCUUGCAGAAGGCACGUGGGCUGUGAGCUCCGGUACGGGGUCACUGUACGUACUCAAGGAUGGCGGGUUCACUGCGCGAUAUGAUCUGCACGUGGAUGGUGCGCUUUCUCCGUUCCUUCUUUACGCUGCCCACGGUGAGGGAGGGUCGGUGUAUCGCCUCCUCCUUGCACGCGCAGUAGUACACAACGCCACAGAUGCGGGCCGCUUCAAGCCGCGUCAAACGACAUUCGAGCUCCUUGAAAUCGCGCUCGACACAGGCGCGACGAACGAGACGGAUGACGCGCCUGGCAUACUUGAGCCGGUUUGGCGUCUUCCUGGACUCGAUUUGCCGUACUACGUCGUCUGGUCUGAGGGUGGGUGGCUCGUUCUCGCAGAGGAGUCGUUUGGGGAGGAGAAACCGAGCUCUAGCAUCAGAGAGACGGCCGCACAGCGCGCAGCAAGACUCAAGGCUGAGGUGGAUGCUAAACGUGGGCUGGGGGCACGGGUGGAGGAGAACACCGGUGAGAUUCCCGGUGAGAUUCCAGAAGGGGAGGAGGAGGAGCAGGAGGAGGUGGAGAUGGUGGAUGCCGGGGAGGAGAAAGACUCGCCAUUCCGCUGGACACAAGAGCAAGGAGGCGUUACCAUCACUAUCGCUUUGCCUUCGGGAUCACCCAAGCCUUCGGUCAAUCUCAAAGCUGGCUCGCUGACCGUCACGGCUACCGGGGAGACAUCAACACAUCUCGAAGGCUGGCUCGGACACGAACACUCCUUCUGGUCCGACAUCAAGCUCGACGACUCAACGUGGACGUACGACGCAACGUCGGGGGAACUAGAAAUCAUCCUCGCUAAGAAGGAGGGAGACAUGCGCUGGCCCUCGGUCUUUGUGCCGGGGGAUGACAGCGACGACGAUGUGCCCGAAUCGUUCGGUCAGGCGCAGAUGGAUGCGAUCCGCGAAUCCUUCUCCCGGGCCCAACCCGUGCAGCGGGAGGAGCCAGUGGGGCACGCGCCCACGAUCCCCGCGUUGCUGAGGGAGGAGAUGGACAUCGACUCUGACGACGACGACGAUGAUGACCAGCCGAAGGGCGUGGGCCGGCGAUGUGUCGUCGGGCAAAUCUGCAAUGGCACACCGGUAUGGAGCCGGCAGCCCGCGACGGUGCUCUCCCUUCCGCUUGUGUCCGCCGGCGACUUGCCUUCUGGGGCGGGCAUCGUCGUCAAGCAGGCGGUCGACGGCCUGCUCUUCGCGCCCGCGGGCGAUCCGGCUCGGACACCAUGGCAGCAUAUUGCGACCAAUCCGGCGCUCGCAUUCGUCAUGAGCUCGAAGCGGGACCUGCGCCUGGUGCGCCAUCUCGCGGACGGGAAUGACAGUACAGUGCUCGGCUUUGACUCGGGCAGCGGUACGGGCACAGGCAAUGCGUACGUCUACUAUCCGCCCGAGGACGCCGAGUCAGCGCGCCAGGGCGUUGUCGGCGUCAGUGGCGGCGCGCGCGGCGCGCUGCUGGGCGUGAGUGUUGUGAUGGCGGGACCGGGACGUCGUGUAGUGGUUGCGCUGUGUGAGCGCGCAUUAGUUGUGCUUGGGGGCGUCGCGUGA